UGGGGGAGCCACCUUACGGUCUGCUUGGUUUGUUUACUAUUUGCCAGGUGCGUCAAUGUUCAUAUAACCGCUAAAAUACGUUUCAAGCACUACGAAAUAACCGACAAAAAAAGAAAUACGUAAUAUUUAAGCCUUAAAUUCAUCCGGAAUCAAUGGACGAAUUUUUUACAAGAUACGUUAAGCUACUAACAGUUCCUUUGAUAAUAGUCCUUAGCACAACAUCAUCACUGCAUAGAAUAGAGGAAGGCCAUGUUGGAGUUUACUACAGGGGUGGUGCACUUCUGCCAUACAUCAGUGAACCUGGAUUUCAUUUGAUGAUACCACAUCUUACUUCAUUCAAGUCCAUUCAAGUCACACUGCAAACAGAUGAGGUGAAGAACGUACCAUGUGGAACUAGUAGCGGUGUGAUUAUUUAUUUUGAUAGAAUCGAGGUGGUCAACUUCUUGAAGAAGGAAGCAGUGUAUGAUAUUAUAAGAAACUUUACCUGGGAGUACGAUAAAACGUUAAUCUAUAACAAGAUCCACCACGAACUCAAUCAGUUCUGCAGUGUUCACUCGCUUCACGAAGUUUACAUCGACUUGUUCGAUAAGAUCGACGAUAAUUUGAAGUCCGCUCUGCAAUCGGACCUGCAAUUAGUAGCGCCUGGACUUACAAUUCAUGCUGUACGCGUCACCAAACCAAAGAUUCCCGAAGCCAUACGCAAAAACUAUGAAUUAAUGGAGUCGGAAAAAACACAACUAUUAAUUUCAAUGCAGCAUCAGAAGGUGGUCGAGAAAGACGCCGAAACCGAAAAGAAAAAGGCCAUUAUCGAAGCGGAGAAGAAGGCGCAAGUGGCAAAGAUUGAAUAUGAACAAAAAGUGAUGGAAAAGGAGUCGCUGCAGAAGAUGGCCGCCAUCGAAGACGAAAUUCAUCUGGCGAAGGAAAAAGCGAUGGCGGACGCGGAGUUUUACAAGCGGCGUCAUGAGAUCGAGACCAACAAGGAGUUGUACACUAAGGAAUAUGUGGAGGUGAGAAAAUUCGACGCCAUUGCACAGAACAGUAAGAUUUACUACGGGCCAGAUAUACCAAAAAUGAUGAUGCAAACUGGUUGCAAUUGUGAGGUGUGACGUGGAACCAGUAUGAUAUUCGAUAUUCCUCGAAUGUUUAUUUUGUAUUUAGGAUACUUCAUUAUAUGAUGCGUUGUUUGUGACAACAUUUAAUUAAAAUACAUUUACACCAAAUCAA